CGCAACUAGUCAAAGAAAAGCAGACCAUGGAAACCGUUGCUGCUGGUUUGGAGGCAGCUCCCCAGAACAUGGUUCCCCUUCCUCGCGCCAUAUUUAUUCUUGGGCACGCUUCUCUCAAAAAAGGUUAUGUCGGAAAAAAGCGGAAGAUUUUGGACGCCGACGAAGAUGCUGAUUUCCUGAAGAGACAAAAACAGAAUCCUGAUAACUAUCGGCCUGAAAUUGUUUUCCAGGCUGUCAAACUAAUCCUGGAUAUCCCACUUAACAAAAACGGAAGAGUUGGAGCCAUCUAUGUUAAAACAGAUGAAGGCCUUCUCUGUCAAAUCAAACCACUCGUUCGAAUACCAAGAACACGCAACCGUUUCUGCGGAAUCAUAUUGGAGCUGUUGGAAAAGAAGUGCGUAAGAGCAACUUCAGAGCCAGAUGAGAAACUUUUUGAGACCCUGGAAGGGCCUGUGACUCGAUAUUUACCUCCCAACUUUCGUAUAGUUGGACUCUCUUAUAAUGCAGACAAGUUUGUCGAUGUACGGGACUAUGUUUCUGCUGUUGCUGAUGAUGUAAACCUUGCUUUCGUGAUGGACACAACGGUUAAUGGGAAAGUUAACAAGGCCGAGACAGACGAUUAUAUUUCAAGCAAGUUUGAUCCCAAAUUAAGAAAUGUUGCUAAUUAUCCAUUGAGUGCUAAAUAUUGCAUGGGAAUGGUUUGCAUGGCCUUUGAGAAGAAGUGGAAGCUUUAA